AUGGAAUUGACACCGGGACGCUCCCUCGGUGUUAAGCCGUCGAAAGUGGUCCUCCUGCUGCCUUUUCUGCUGUCCGUCCAGCUCGUCGGAAGCCAAGGAGACAGCAAUGCGUUGGAUAACGUCGCUACGGAGAGAAUGGCUGAGGAAAGCCACCGACAGGACAGUGCCAACCUGCUCAUAUUCAUCAUGCUAUUAACGCUCACCAUUUUAACGAUAUGGCUGUUCAAGCACCGGCGCUUUAGGUUCUUGCACGAGACCGGACUCGCCAUGAUCUACGGCCUGUUGGUGGGUGUGAUCCUACGCUUUGGCGUCCAUGUACCCCAGAGCUUGAGCGACGUGGUCCUCAGUUGUGCUGUCAAUGCCAGUCCUGCCACCUUGUUGGUCAACGUCAGUGGACGAUUCUACGAGUACACCCUGAGGGGGGAGGUCAGCCGGGGCAAAGGCCACCAAGUCCAAGACGAUGAGAUGCUGCGAAAGGCAACCUGCUGCUAUCGACAGGUUACCUUUGACCCGGAGGUGUUCUUCAACAUUUUGCUGCCUCCCAUAAUCUUCCAUGCCGGUUACAGCCUGAAAAGGAGGCAUUUUUUCAGAAACAUUGGCUCCAUCCUGGCCUACGCCUUUAUGGGAACAGUCAUAUCCUGCUUUGUUAUUGGGCUAAUCAUGUAUGGCUUUGUGUCCUUCAUGAAAGUUGUGGGCCAGCUCGGGGGGGAUUUUUACUUCACUGACUGCCUCUUCUUUGGAGCCAUUGUCUCAGCAACAGAUCCCGUUACAGUGCUGGCUAUCUUCAACGAGCUGAAGGUAGACGUCGACCUGUAUGCUUUGUUGUUUGGUGAAAGUGUCCUCAAUGAUGCCGUGGCCAUCGUCCUCUCCUCCUCCAUCGUGGCCUAUCAGCCUGCAGGCGACAACAGUCACAGCUUCGAGGCCAUGGCCUUACUGAAAUCCUUUGGCAUCUUCUUGGGUGUCUUCAGUGGAUCUUUUGCUCUUGGAGUUGCAACUGGAGUUAUGACAGCUUUCAUAUCCUUUUAUUUAAUGCUUAACAUAUGUUUUAGCCACUGUGUUGUCGCGGUGCUGUUCUGUGGGAUCACUCAGGCCCACUACACCUACAACAAUCUCUCCCCCGAAUCUCAAGACCGGACCAAACAGUUGUUUGAGCUGCUCAACUUCCUGGCAGAGAACUUCAUCUUCUCCUACAUGGGCCUGACUCUCUUCUCCUUCCAGUCACACGUCUUUAACCCACUGUUCAUCAUUGGAGCCUUCUUGGCGGUGUUUCUGGGCCGGGCGGCGAACAUCUACCCCCUGUCCUUCCUGCUCAACCUGGGCCGCAAAAACAAGAUCAGAUCGAAUUUUCAGCACGUCAUGAUGUUCGCAGGUCUGCGUGGGGCGAUGACCUUUGCUCUCUCCAUCAGAGACACGGCAACAUACGCCCGUCAAAUGAUGUUUUCCACCACCCUGCUGAUUGUUUUCUUCACGGUUUGGGUCUGUGGGGGGGGCACCACGCCCAUGCUGUCUUUCAUGAGCAUACGAGUGGGUGUGGAUUCUGACCAAGAGCACUCUAGCUCAGCUGCUCUGGAUGGGUCUCAGAGGAGGAGCACCAAACACGAGAGCGCAUGGCCCUUCAGGAUCUGGUAUAACUUCGACCACAAUUAUCUGAAACCGCUCCUGACCCACACUGGUCCGCCUCUCACUGCCACGCUGCCCGCCUGCUGUGGACCGCUGGCACGAUGCCUCACCAGCCCCCAGGCGUAUGAGAACGAAGGGCAGCUCCGUGACGACGACGACGACAUCAUCUUCAACGACGUCAACGUGAGCUCCAUGUUCGCCGACGUCACCGUCAGGACGGACGCGUCCGGAUCCCGCACCACCGACGCAAAGCGCCACUCCACGGGCGGUCCCCGGAAAGGACAGUUCAACGAGGGCCUGGAGCAGGAGCUGGCCCUGGCGGAGCAGGACGUGGCCAUCCGCGGCACGCGCCUCGUCCUGCCCAUGGACGACCCGGCCGAGUCCCCCACCACGGUCACCCUCCCGCCGCCCCCCUCCCCGCCGCGCUCCGAACCCCGCAGACACAGACUGUGA